AUGAGCUCGGAAAAGAUACUCGCCUGUCCAAUCAUUUCGAUCAAUGCCCGAGUGUGGCGCUUUUGGUCCUUCAUUCUGAAGCACGACUACAUGCGAUACAUCAGCAUAAUCCCGGUUACUGCUAUGACCGUGCUGAUGUUCUCCGAUUUGUAUCGCGCUUGGGGCAACAUUGGAGAGGUCAUCAUCAAUGGGUUCUUCGCUGUGCUUUACUUCAACGCUGUGCUGCGAGUGUUAAUUUUAGUUUAUUAUCACGUGGAUUAUGAAACAUUUAUGGAGAAAAUCGCUAUCGUUUAUGAGGAAAUCGAUUCCUCAUCUGACGAACAUUUCAAGAAAACUAUUCAACUUUUCACCAAACGAGCACGAUUGAUGUCCAUUUCGAAUCUGGGUUUGGGAGCCUUUAUCAGCGCUUGUUAUGUGGUGUAUCCGUUAUUCACCAGGGAACGUCGACUUCCGUACGGAUUGCACAUUCCCGGCGUAAAUAAAUUCGAGUCUCCUUUGUAUGAGAUUCUUUUCGUGUUGCAAGCUCUGCUCACUUUUCCCGGCUGCUGCAUGUACAUUCCGUACACGAGUUUUUUCGCGUCGACUUCGAUUUUCGGUUUGGUUCAGAUAAAAUCACUGCAAUAUAGGUUGGAGAACUUUAAGAAAGACAGCUGUGAGAAAGCAGAGAACAAACAGAACUACCAACUGGAAGCCAUCAUCAAUGACCAUCAGAGGGUGAUUACCUACGUUGAAGAAUUGAACGAUUUGGUGACUAACAUCUGUCUGGUAGAACUUUUAUCAUUCGGAACGAUGUUAUGCGCUUUGCUGUUUCUGCUGGUCAUUAUCGAUAAUUUGCCACAAAUUAUCAUUGUUGUGUCAUACAUUUUUAUGAUAAUCUCGCAGAUUUUCGCGUUCUACUGGCACGCCAAUGAAGUUCGCGAAGAGAGCAUGGCCAUCGGCGAGGCGGCAUACAGUUGCCCGUGGAUCUAUUUGGAUCGGAAUAGUAAAAAGCAAUUGCAGAUGGUGAUUCUUCGUUCACAGUCUUCGCUAAAAAUAUCCGUUGGUAAUGUCUAUCCUAUGACGUUGGAAAUGUUUCAGUCGUUGCUGAAUGCAUCCUAUUCGUACUUCACCUUGCUGAAACGUGUGUAUAAUUAA